UGAGGGCUCUGCACGCAAUCACCCGCCGAGAGAAAAAAAAGGGCAUCGCGGCAAGGGCUUCCCUCCUCCGUCGCCCGGUCGAACCCCGCGCACUGCCGUCGAUCGGCAGAGGCGAGAGGGAAGGGGUGUUUCCCCUAGGCGGAUGAGAUGCCGACGCGCCGGAAGGUGAGGCCCGCGGGCGCGGGCGCGGCGGCGCGGCGGGCCGCGCUGCGGUGGUGGCUGCUCUCCCUCGCCGCAGCGGGCGCCAUCAUCACCGCCGCCGCCGCGCUGCUCGCCGUCACUCUCCACGUCUCCGGCCUCGCCAUGCCCUCCGUCUCCUCCGGCGCGCCCUACCGCCUCUCGCAGCCAUGGGAUACAGAGGAGCUGCGGUGGGAGCAGGAGUUCGCAUCGCCCCAGCUCGCGUCGUCACGAAAGCUGGACGGUGCGGCCGACGACGCGUUGGGGAAGAGGCUGUGGCUGCCGGCGCCGGCGCGGGGGUUCGUGCCCUGCGUGGCGCCGUCACCGGAAUACAGAAGUCCGGUGGCGUCAAAGGGGUACUUGCUCGUACACACCAAUGGCGGACUCAACCAGAUGCGCGCUGGGAUCAGUGAUAUGGUGGCUGUUGCACGCGUACUUAAUGCUACACUCAUCAUUCCAGAGCUUGAUAAGAAAUCAUUUUGGCAUGACAAAAGCAACUUUUCAGAUGUAUUUGAUGAAGAACACUUCAUAAAUUCUUUAGCAAAUGAUGUGAAAGUUGAGAAAGAACUGCCAAAGGAAUUGGUGAAAGCUCCAAAGUCUGUCAGGUACUUCAAGAGUUGGUCUGGAGUAGAUUAUUACCAGGAUGAGAUUUCUCCACUGUGGGAUCAUCGCCAGGUCAUUCGAGCUGCUAAGUCAGAUUCCCGCCUUGCAAACAACCACCUUCCUCCUGACAUUCAGAAGCUUCGUUGUCGGGCUUUUUUCCAAGCACUGAGAUUUGCUCCCCCAAUUGAAGCUCUAGGCAAACUAUUGGUGGAGAGGAUGAGGUCAUUUGGGAAAUAUAUUGCUUUGCAUUUGCGCUAUGAGAAGGAUAUGCUUGCCUUUAGUGGCUGCACAUAUGGUUUAUCACGGACAGAAUCAGAAGAACUUGCAAUGAUCAGAGAAAACACAACCUACUGGAAGGUGAAGGACAUUGAUCCAUUAGAACAAAGAUCCCAUGGGUACUGCCCCUUGACACCAAAAGAAGUCGGCAUGUUUCUUUCUGGACUAGGGUAUCCAUCAAGCACCCCAAUCUACAUAGCUGCAGGGGAAAUAUAUGGAGGUGAAUCUCAUAUGGUUGAUUUACAAUCAAGGUUCCCUAUACUGAUGAACAAGGAAAAACUUGCCUCAGCUGAGGAGCUGCGGUCUUUCAGCCAAUAUGCUGCUCAAAUGGCAGCUUUAGAUUAUAUCGUUUCAGUGGAGAGCGACGUCUUCAUUCCAUCUUAUUCGGGGAACAUGGCACGGGCUGUUGCAGGUCACAGGCGUUUCCUUGGCCAUAGGAAGACAAUCAGCCCUGAUAGGAAAGCACUAGUUCGCUUGUUUGACAAAGUGGCUAGUAGAUUACUAGAGGAAGGGGAGAGGCUAUCACAAAAGAUAAUAGAUAUCCACCAGAAAAGACAAGGCUCUCCACGGAAACGAAAAGGUCCGGUCUCAGGAACAAAGGGCAAAGACAGGUUCCGGUCAGAAGAGGCAUUUUAUGAGAACCCUUUUCCUGACUGCCUGUGUCAACCAGGGCCUCCAGCCCCCUUGUCAGCAUCAAAGUCACACUAAUCAUCAUCCUAACAGAUCCCUGGGUGUGAUUCCAGUGUACAUAGACAGAAAUUAAGAAACACAUAGCAAGGUACACGAUGACGAAUUCUCACUGAUCAGAAAUGUGUAGCUGACAUCAUGGGCUAACUAUUGGUUGGCACGCCAUCGUCCAGCUGUGGCUGAAGUUCUAGCAUGGCUGGGCUUGUUCUGAAGUCAGAACUGCUGGAGGUGGAAGCAGCUGUAUAGGGCUAUAGAGAAGUCACGUGUUUUUGAUUGGGAUAAUUAUCCUAAUUGCUUGUAAGUAGAUGAUAAUAAUAAACAGAGACAGAUAGAAUUACUGGAGCAGCUUGACAAACAUCGCUCAUAUAGGUUUGAGUCUGAUUGGCAGGGGAACUCACAUUUUCUGCUAAUUAUUAUUGUGAUAGUCAUAUUC